UGCCGAGGGUGCCAGGGCACUGGACGCAGGGGCGGGCCCGGGGGCGGAGGCCAAGCAGCGGUUGCUGUGGGGACGGGACGGGGCGGGGCGGGGACGCGGCCCCGCGGACGGAAGUGAGAAAGUUGCCGGAGUCCCGGGGAGAGUUGGUGAAGCUGUGCGCGCACCGCGGCGAUGGGAGGCUCGGGCAGUCGCCUGUCCAAGGAGCUGCUGGCCGAGUACCAGGACCUGACGUUCCUGACCAAGCAGGAGAUCCUUCUAGCCCACAGGCGGUUUUGUGAGUUGCUUCCCCCGGAGCAUCGGAGCGUGGAAGAGUCACUGCACACCCGAGUGUCAUUCGAGCAGAUUCUCAGCCUUCCAGAGCUCAAGGCCAACCCCUUUAAGGAGCGAAUCUGCAUGGUCUUCUCGACGUCCCCAACCAGAGACAGCCUGAGCUUCGAGGACUUCCUGGACCUCCUGAGUGUCUUCAGUGACACAGCAACCCCAGACAUCAAGUCCCACUAUGCCUUCCGCAUCUUUGACUUUGAUGACGACGGAACCCUGGACAGAGAGGACCUGAGUCGGCUUGUGAACUGCCUUACAGGAGAGGGCGAGGACACACGGCUCACUGCUUCUGAGAUGAAGCAGCUCAUUGAUAAUAUCCUGGAAGAGUCGGACAUCGACAGGGAUGGGACCAUCAAUCUCUCGGAGUUCCAGCAUGUCAUUUCCCGUUCACCAGACUUUGCCAGCUCCUUUAAGAUCGUCCUGUGAUGGCUUCUGAACACCAGCAUCCUGUCCAGGACCUUUCCACUGCUGAGAUGUGGCCAAGGUCACGCCUGUGUGUCAGGGCCAGUGCCGGCCCAGCCUGGAGAGGGCACUGCAGCGUCGGCCCCCUGGCAGGGGAGGGCCCUCCUCCUCCCCCUUCUCAUUGCUGUUGUCAUCACUGUUUUUACUAAUCGGUAAUAAAGGGUUAGGAAUGUU